GGAAAAUGCAAAAUUAAGCAAACAGUUUGAUUUUUUAGAUUUAUUAGUGAAAUAUAUGCAUUUUGAUAAAACAGUUUUCUGAAAAGGAAUAAUAAAACUACACAUCUGACGCAGUUGUGUGGCAGAAAUGCCGUUUUGACUAUACCAGAUCUAGGUGAAGAGACGCAUGCCAUCAGAGACCGGUAGAGGAGCAAGCGCCCGAGAGAGUGAGAGAACAUUCAGACUUCCGCCGUGCUCCAUGCAAGAUACAUGCAGAAGCUGCUGUGCUGAAGAACAUCAUCUUGAGUCCUGUGGGGCUUAUGCUGACCAAAGAUGGCGGCAACUAGGGCGAUAGACAGCCCAGAAUCCAGAAAUUGGUUCAGUCAAUGGAGGGCCGUCUUCGUUACGAGGAGAGCUCUCCUGCCUUCUGUCAAAUCAAAGGCUGAACAUCUGCACAAUAAUGUACGUCAGAAGGCAUCAAGUGAGCAGACUUGUUCAUCAGACCACAGUCCUAUAUCUGACCGGCUACCGAUACCUUGUCGAUAUCAUGAAAAACUUAGAAUUGAAAUCAAGACCAUACACAAAAGAAAGAAACCUUCCUGGAAGAACGCUUCGACUGACACAUGGCGAGACUCAGCGUUUGCUGUCGCCAAGUUAUUCAUGCAACCAGCAGGGUAUGAUGACAAAUCGUCGUUUGAUGAAAUUGACUUCAACGGGCUGGCAGCUUUCAUAUAUAACUGUGGGCAAUUCACACCAAAUGUGGAAACAUUAUCUGACGAGGCUCGGAAGUACGUCAACAUGAUCCGGCAUAUGCCAGACCUUUGCUCAAGUGCUCUGACAGACCAGGCCACCACUGAGUGUAUAGACAGCAUGAUUGCGCUGCUUCACGAUCCAGAUUUUCACGGCGAUCCAGAGAUACUAGAAGCGAAGAAACAGCUGGAUGAGUUAAAGACCCAAUUUCAUAAUCCAAACUCGGACUUGUUGAAAUAUAUUAUCGAGGAUAGCGCAAUCAGAGGCAUCCAAGAAAUGACAGAACUUUCUACUACUAAAGAAGGCGAAUGGAUCGAACAAGCAAGUGCGAUAAAGGGUGACAUAGAGAAACUCGCCGAUGUGUUGAUGUCCAGUGUAGAGAAACAAGGAGAGAGCGCCAUUUACGAUCUAAAGAAAACCUUUGAAAAUGCUCUUGCACAAUUUGAUCUUUGCAUAAACGAUGCUAAGAAUAUUCUGAUUGAGACAACCGAAGACGGCAUACUUGAACUGAGAGACAGGGCUCAGUCCGGGAAACAGGAACUCGAAAAAACGACUAUACGUGGUUAUCAAGAACUUGACGAAAAAACUUUAGAAGGAAAACAGACACUUUUUAAAACCUGUGAAAGUGGAACAAGACAAAUCGAGGAUGCAACCGCGGAUGGAAGAGACGAACUGUUAGAAACGACAAUAUGCGGAAAAGGGGAGCUUGAAGACACCGUUAAGAGCGGUAAAUUCGAACUGAGCGAUUUUAUUAGAUCCGAAAAACAAACGAUCACAAAUGAAGGAGAACAACAAAGGAAGUCAAAAUUAACGGAAGCAAAGUCACAUUUACAGAAACAGUUGCUUAACCAUUACAAAGUCAAAUCUGCAAGAAUAAACGUCCGACUUCAAAUUGAUGCAGCUGUAGAAGACAUUUAUGAAGAACCAAAACUGAUAUUAAAGAACAAGAAAGACAAAGAUGGAAAAAUAAUUGACAAAGAGAUAUUAGAAAUGAAUAAGAUGUAUCUGAGCGACAAUGGCUCGAUGGUUAAAUCUAUAUUCGUGCAAGGAGAAGCGGGCAAAGGAAAGUCCGCGAUUUGCAAAAAAAUUGUCCAUGACUGGUGCAAACUGAAAAAUGACGGAACUGAGGAGACAAAGAAAGAAAACAUGUUAAGCCAGUUCGAGUUCUUAUUUUACAUAAGGCUUCGAGAAGUUCAUGAUAAAUGCACAAUCAAAGAAAUGAUAACACAGAAUUUGAUAAAACAUAUUGGUUCAGAUUAUCAAGAGUCUGAAACACUAUUAUCAGAGAUUUUGAAAUCAGAAUGUUGUCUUCUCCUGCUUGAUGGUUUAGACGAGUGGAAACAUAGUAGCAACUGUAAACUUGAUGAACGCAUUCCUCAUGUUGAAACGAGUUGGAUGAACUGCACAACAUUGAUCACAACACGACCAUACAAACUAGUGGAGCUGAAAAUAAGCCGAGCACAGCUUGGAAACCAUGUGCAGUUGGAGGGCGUUCAGUCACCUAAGAAUCUUGUUAAAAGAAUAAUUAAGGAGUUGAAAAAAUAUACAUUAAAGCAUUGUCCAGAUACAUGCGUUGAAGACCUUAAGGAGAAAGGACUGUGGCAUUUCAGUGAUAUUCCAAUCGUGCUUGCUCACAUUGUUUGGCUCUGGUUCAAAAAUAAGCUACAGGUAAACAUGUCUCAUUCUAAAGUUUACGGUGAAAUGAUAGAUGAACGGUGGUAUGAAAUGUGCGACAAGAUCAACAACGAAAAUCAGGAGGACAACGAACUUCCAAAGGAAUUUCUGGAUUAUUUGAGUGAACUAGCUUUCAAUAAGCUGUUUUCAACAAAUGAAGAUGAUUCCAUUGUUUUUCGCAUUAACAAUGGCCAGUUUGAAAGAGAAAACCGGAAGAAGUCUCUUGCCUCUGGCAUCUUGUCAUGCAGUAAAGAAAUGGAUGAAAGACCAGUGUCUUAUCACUUUAUGCACAAAACGUUUCAAGAGUACUUUUCAGCGUUGUAUUUAGCGAAUUCCGGAACAGAUUUGCCAACUCAUUGUCACCACAUUCAGGAAGUCUAUACACUUCACAGGAAAGAAAGUGUACUCAGCUUGUCCAAGCUAUUCCUGUUUCUAUGCGGUCUGAAUAUAAAAGCUGCUGAAGUGUUUUCGAAGACAUUAAAUACGAUAUUUACUGCACACUGUGAAAGAGACGGUUAUUCAGACGAGGAAGCACAGUCAUUCCAGGACAUGAUACUGCGAGGCUACACUGAAGCGGAGAUGACUGGGAACACAGCAGCAAAAUUCUGCCUACAACAUGUCAAAUUUGCUGAACUGCCACCCUGGCCUUUUAAAAAAGAGCACGAAAUUAGAAGAAAACAAAACCAAAAGUUGAAAGAAUUCUUGGAGAAAGAUGGGACAUUAUCCAAUCUUUCGUCAUUAUAUAUAGAUGAAAAACAUGAAAACUAUUCUGUGUUUCAAAACAAGGAAGAUUCAACUGUUUUAGAUUUCGAGACUUGCAAUAAUCUAAAAUUUGUUUUUCUAGACAAAGUACCAUAUGAAGAUAUCAACCAAUUGAAUUUGAAUGGAUUAGUCGAAUGCAGGAUAAAAUUCAGUGACUACAAACCAGCAAAACAACUGAUAUCCUCAUUUCUGUCCUCAGAUUUAAUAUAUUUGAAAACACUCACAUUGUACAACUUAGGGUGGGAAUGUCAAGCUGUUGAAAUUAUCUCAAAACUUCAAUGUGUUGAAAAACUAGACGUAACAUGGAGGGAAAGUUCACCAAAUGAUUCGCAAUUCGACCUUCGACACCUAAAGCACCUGAACCAGCUUUCCUUACAGGGACUUAAUUUCUCAGACGUUAUUAUUCUACAUACGCUCAAUCUUCGCAAGUUAGCGCUCCGCUUUAAAACACAAAAAAGAGCACCACGGUUGAUGGCGGCGUUAUUAGCACAAGGCGACGAUUCACUCAGAUUAAAUCUGGAUGGGCCGCGUUCUUUUCUAACCGAUGUUAAAUUGAAAAACAUGCUCAUGUCAGCAGAAACGUUCAGACGUCUCGUUACUAUGGUGAUACAGUCGGGACAUUCUGUGAACUGUAAGUUAGAGGAUUGUACAAUGGAGCCAAAUGAGGCCGUGAGACAGCUGAAGGUGGAGAUGGAGAACCAACCCGCUCUUCAGAUGGUUGCUGUACAGCCCCCCUCAACUGACUAUACAACACACAUUACAUUACUGCAUGUGACCAUAUCAGCAGAAGCGUUCAGACGUCUCGUUACUACGGUGAUACAGUCGGGACAUUCUGUGAACUGUGAGUUACACGGUUGUACAAUAGAGCCAAAUGAGGACGUGAGACAGCUGAAUGUGGAGAUGGAGAACCAACGCGCUCUUCAGAUGGUUGCUGUACAGCCCCCCUCAACUGACUAUACAACACACAUUAGAUUAGUGCAGGUGACCAUGUCAGCAGAAACGUUCAGACGUCUCGUUACUACGGUGAUACAGUCGGUACAUUCUGUGACCUGUUUGUUACAGGGUUGUACAAUAGAGCCAAAUGAGGACGUGAGACAGCUGAAUGUGGAGAUGGAGAAUCAACGCGCUCUUCAGAUGGUUGCUGUACAGCCCCCCUCAACUGACUAUACAACACACAUUACAUUACAUGUGGUGACCAUGUCAGCAGAAGCGUUCAGACGUCUCGUUACUACGGUGAUACAGUCGGUACAUUCUGUGAACUGUGAGUUACACGGUUGUACAAUAGAGCCAAAUGAGGACGUGAGACAGUUGAAGGUGGAGAUGGAGAACCAACGCGCUCUUCAGAUGGUUGCUGUACAGCCCCCCUCAACUGACUAUACAACACACAUUAGAUUACAUGUGGUGACCAUGUCAGCAGAAGCGUUCAGACGUCUCGUUACUAUGGUGAUACAGUCGGGACAUUCUGUGGAAUGUUGGUUACAGGAUUGUACAAUAGAGCCAAAUGAGGACGUGAGACAGUUGAAGGUGGAGAUGGAGAACCAACCCGCUCUUCAGAUGGUUGCUGUACAGCCCCCCUCAACUGACUAUACAACACGCAUUAGAUUACAUAAGGUGACCAUGUCAGCAGAAGCGUUCAGACGUCUCAUUACUAUGGUGAUACAGUCGGGACAUUCUGUGGAAUGUUGGUUACAGGAUUGUACAAUAGAGCCAAAUGAGGACGUGAGACAGUUGAAGGUGGAGAUGGAGAACCAACGCGCUCUUCAGAUGGUUGCUGUACAGCCCCCCUCAACUGACUAUACAACACACAUUACAUUAGACAGGGUGACCAUGUCAGCAGAAGCGUUCAGACGUCUCGUUACUACGGUGAUACAGUCGGUACAUUCUGUGGAAUGUUUGUUACAGGGUUGUACAAUAGAGCCAAAUGAGGACGUGAGACAGUUGAAUGUGGAGAUGGAGAACCAACGCGCUCUUCAGAUGGUUGCUGUACAGCCCCCCUCAACUGACUAUACAACACGCAUUAGAUUAGUGCAGGUGACCAUGUCAGCAGAAGCGUUCAGACGUCUCGUUACUAUGGUGAUACAGUCGGGACAUUCUGUGAAAUGUUGGUUAGAGGAUUGUACAAUAGAGCCAAAUGAGGACGUGAGACAGCUGAAGGUGGAGAUGGAGAACCAACCCGCUCUUCAGAUGGUUGCUGUACAGCCCCCCUCAACUGACUAUACAACACGCAUUAGAUUACAUAAGGUGACCAUGUCAGCAGAAACGUUCAGACGUCUCGUUACUACGGUGAUACAGUCGGUACAUUCUGUGACCUGUUUGUUACAGGAUUGUACAAUAGAGCCAAAUGAGGACGUGAGACAGUUGAAUGUGGAGAUGGAGAACCAACGCGCUCUUCAGAUGGUUGCUGUACAGCCCACCUCAACUGACUAUACAACACACAUUACAUUAGACAGGGUGACCAUGUCAGCAGAAGCGUUCAGACGUCUCGUUACUACGGUGAUACAGUCGGGACAUUCUGUGUACUGUUUGUUACAGGAUUGUACAAUAGAGCCAAAUGAGGACGUGAGACAGUUGAAGGUGGAGAUGGAGAACUUACCCGCCCUCAAAAUAGUGAUAUUCGAUCAUAGGAACAUUGUGUUCAACGUGAAUGUAAAAGUACCGGAUGAUGAUGGUGGUGAUGGUGAUGAUGAUGAUGAUGAUGAUGAUGGGGACGACAACGGCGAUGAAGUUAAUGGUGAACCGGAGAUGUCCAUCCAUGGCCCGUACUCCGUCACGUCCGUGGAACCGGACGUGACAGUAGCUGCAGCUGGGAACGAUGCCCCUUGCUCCGACAUUGUUGAUGAUGAUGAUGAUGAUGAUGAUGAUGAUGAUGAUGAUGAUGGGGACGACAACGGCGAUGAAGUUAAUGGUGAACCGGAGGUGUCCAUCCAUGGCCCGUACUCCGUCACGUCCGUGGAACCGGACGUGACCGUAGCUGCAGCUGGGAACGAUGCCCCUUGCUCCGACACGUCCGUGGAACCGGACGUGACAGUAGCUGCAGCUGGGAACGAUGCCCCUUGCUCCGACAGCUCCGACACCGGGAAGAAAGCUAAGAUGACGCGCUUUCAGAAAGUACGAAGGUUUUUCAAAAACUUGGGAGGCAAGAAAUCAAAGUGAAAUGAAAUUCUAAGGUACUUUAAUUCCAACGUGUUCAAAAUAGGAUCAACGCUGACGCUCCAACCCCUUUAGUCAGAGGAAAUGAAUGACAGUUAUGUGUUUCUUUUAGUGGUGUACAAGUUAAUUGUCAAAAGUACAAACCUGCUAUCGAUUAGAAGAUCUUAAAAGACGAUUCAAGUUGCGAAUUUAUGACAAAAAUAUGUUGAUAUUAAUGUUUAUAAUGUUUGUCAUUGUUUACAGAGGUUUAUCAAAAGGCAAUUGUGAAUUUACGUCAUUUCCGAUGUGACAUCAUUUGGCUAACAUUUGGCGACAUUUUCAAAGUAAAGAUCAUUUUUGUUUUAUUUGUAAUGAAUGAUAAACAUGAAAUAAGAUGAAAAGGUGUUUGUUUCAGUGUAAGAGUUCAAUACAGUUCAUCACGUGAACACCAGAGCAAAUAUUAAGGUGUUCACUCGGUAACAGAUAUUAGUUUCGUAGACUGAAACAAACAAGUACCCUCUAUAUGACUUGUAAAGCAUACUCAUUAUAAAGUGUACUGUUGUUGUAUAUACAAUUUUGAUCUGUUCUUAUAUACCUUACAAAUUACAGUGAUUUCAGUGUACAGUUUUACUGUAAAUAGAGUUUGAUUUGUUGACAUACUUAUAACUGUGUUGUGCGUUUAAUAUUCUUGUGAAAUGUGAACAAAAAUCUAGUUACAUAAAUGCAACAUCAUCAUAUGCAUUAAAUAAGAGCGCUCGUGCUAAUAUCUAUUUAAAGCUGCACUCUCACAGAUUGAACGUUUUGACAACUUUUUUAUUUAUUGUCUUGGAACGAGCCAAUUUUUGCGAAAAUCCAUGGAAACCAGUUAUAAAAGACUGCUGACAAAAAUUUAGAUGGUUGAUUUUUAUAUUUAAGUUCAAAAAUUGAUGUUUUAUGCACUUUUCUUAAACCGUUAGUAACGGCUUAUUAAGCCAUAAAACAUGAAUUUUCGAACGGAAAUAUGAAAAUCUACGAUCUGAUUUUUUGUCAGCAAUCUUAUAGCAUUGGUUUGCAGAUAUUUACGCAAUAAAUUGCUCUUUUUAAGACAAAAAAUAAAAAAAGUUGUAAAAAUGGUAAUUCUGUGAGAGUGCGGCUGUAAAUACGUCACAUAACAAGUUGAGUCGUAACAAGCUCUAAUGUACCGAAAAGCAUUAAUAACGCUGUUGAAAACAUUAUUUUUGGCUUUUCACAAAAUUCUGUUUAAAUAAGUAUUUUCCAGUUAAUGGUUCCUGUUUGUCCAACUAAGUGAUUAAAAAUAACUGAAUAUUAAGUUUGAAAAAAAUGUUACCUUCAUCAAAUAUGUGAGUGAGUUCCUUUAAAGUGUCUCAUUACUAUGAUAUUGUGUAUUGCCACUUUUACAGCGACAUAUUGAACCAAUGCAAACAUACAUUUAUACAAGUUAUGGAUCAUAUAUACAGUUCAGAGAAAUGUAUGGAAUGAAAUAAUGAAAAAUGCAAUUAAUCAUUUAUAAUAGCCUAUUACACAUGAUUGAUUGAAUUUCUCAUUAUUUCAUAACUAAUAACAACUAAUUGGCAACUAUAAACGACAACAUAUAUCAUUUAUGAUGGUGUCUGUCAUCAGACUUUAGAUUCAUAUGUUUGUUGCCUUUAAGAUGUUAGUACUUUAUCGAAAACGAAACUUUAGUUACACAAUAAUUAAAGACAGCAUUUGUCCGUAAAUGAACACUAGGCAGACUUAAAACCUACUGCAAGUUGAAAAUAGGGUUAAAUUACCUGAUUCCUUAUAUCUGCAUUAUUACAUGAAUGAAGUCAGAACUUUGCAACUCUGUAGUACAUUUUUAAUGGUCAAAUAGAAAGGCGAAAAGAUAAAAUAGAGGCGUUUUAAAAUGCGGUAGCGUCCGUAAUAUUUAAGCAUCCUAUAAAAGCAAGUAUUUUUAGACGCAAUAAUUCAUGUAUUAUAUCACUUACAACUGUUCACUCCGGCACGUACUUUCUGUCUGUAUUGUUACUAGACUGAAUAUUUACACAUAUUUUUCAUGUACAUGUACAAUGAUUCUCUGUAGUAUGUUACCGUUACAUUUUACACUUAUCUUAUUCAAGUAAGACUAUUACAAAAGUAUUUUUUGGAAGUUUUAGUGAUCUCCCUUAGGCUCCCUAUAGUUUCGUCUUGUAAAGGUUGUCCGAUAUAGGGAGUUAAUUAAACUCUCAUCAUAGAAUAACACGUGUAUAUAUGUUUGUGUAUCCUGUUUAUUAACACUUAUCGUUGAUUAUACAUUAAAGUUAUUGACAUUUUACUUCAAUUGAUCAAUUGCAUUAUGAACAUUUUUGAUUUACUGAGCUUAUGGAGUUGAUUUUAUUGCUUAUUUGAUAACAAAAGUUUUGGGUUGUUUUGUUUUGUACUAUGCAUGCACUGAAUCACCUGAAAACACUAUAUUGUAUGUGUAUUUGUCCGCAUUGGCCCUGGCCUUCUGGGUAUUCUGUAAAUAAAUCCUGAAUCGUGAAAAUAUUUUUUGUACGCAAUAGUGGUUUCAGAAUAAAUUUAAUAACUGUUAUUUGAGUAAAUAUAUAGUGUACGCUAUUGUGGUUUCAGAAUGCAUUCGAUUAGUGUAAAUAGCGUUUCAUUAGUAUAGAUAUGUAAUGUAGAUUUUAGUGAUUUAUCUGAUAGUUCUGCGUCUGAAAAUGUGUUAGUAAGCGAGUCCUUGACGACUUUUCAAACAUAUUUUCUGGAUUAUGUGUGUUAUAUGAUGACGAGUGUCCGAUUUUUCUUAUAACAUUAUAUAUCACACCACCAACAUAAAUGAAGCAACGCCAGGACUGGUCAGCACUCACGCGGUGACCACAUAUUUUUUUCCAAAUUGGUUCACUAUAAUAACUACCAAAAUGAUGUUUAUUUUCCGAUUCCAAUAAAUGAAUGCAAUAUAUUCCAAAUUUUGAUAAAUGUAAACGUGUUUGAGAUGUGAUAUAUACAUUAUGGCGUUAGUAUGUGACCCGAUAUUGUUACCAUUGCCUCGUAUAUCCCAUAUCGGGUCACCUACUAGCCCCGUAACUUAUCAAAUUGACGUCACUUGACCUGACUCUUGUAUAACUUAAAAGUCGAACUGCUCAAACUAAUAUGACAUCAUAUAAUAAUGUCCCACGAUAAAUGGUCGUUAUCUCAGCUAAUAGGUCAAGGUAAAUAUUCCAAAUGAAGUUGGCCUGCUUUGGUUUUUAUCAUAAUACUUCAUGUUUCAACCAUUACUUUGUUUUAUCCGACUUUACAUACCAUUCUGAACUCCUCUGCCAUUUUUAUCGAAAACAACCUCGGAUGUAUUCCGAUACAUCAGUUGAAGUAGUUUGUAAAUUUUUGUAUAAUCUUUAAUUAAAUGUAGUGUUUUAGAGUUGUAUUUAUUGAUGUAAGUUUAAAUUGAUUGCCAGUUAAGUGUUUUAUUGCAAACAUAAUUAAGAUUCCGAAGAGUUAAGUCAUGAAGUUAAACUGCUAAAUAAAAUUACUACGCGAUCUUCUUGCAGCGGACUUAAACUUACCGCUUUUUGAGUAUGUAAACCGUCCAAAUACAUCCGAGGUUGUUUUCGAUAAAAAUGGCCGAGGAGCUCCGAAUGCUUUACAUACUUGCAGAGCAAUAUGAAAAUAUGUGUUGUGUGGCAGGUACAUCAAAAAUAAAAGGUUAUGGCCUUGCUUAAUGGCCAAUGGUGACAAGUAAAAGUAAUAAUUUUUAUUAUAGUUUUUUUUUUUUUCCUUUUAAGGUCAUUAGACUAAUGACAAUCUGAUUUCACUUAAACAUUUUGUUUUAUUCUGUUAUCAUAUAUACAGUGAUUAUCCAACAUUAAUUCGACCUAUUUAGGGAUAUUGCUCCCUUUCCAGUGACAUUUUGUUCAUUUAACAUGUUAACUAUUUUAUUUUGGAGAAUGACAUUUUGUGUUAUUCAUACAUAUAUAAAUUAGUAAAAAAUGGUCAAUUCCGGUAAAAAAGGAAAUUUCAAAAUAGAAAAUGCAAAACCAUAUUUUUGUAAAGGUAUUGUUUUCAUGACUUGUUUCAUGAUUUAGAUAUUUGAAUACGAAUGAUUCAAGUUAUGAAAAAACUUGCAGUUUAUAUUAAUAUAGACGGCGCCUGAACGUAUGUUAAUGUUGUUUGCAAUAAUUUACUUUUCCUAUGUGAAUAAUUAUAAUGUUCAAUUACUGAACUAAGUAGAUGGAACAUGAACAUAAGUUCACGGUGUCUGCAAUUUGUUCACUCUUCACAUGUUAUUAAUUAUAAGGUUCAUUUCAUGAACUUAGUAGACGAUACAUGAACGUAAGUUUAUGAUGUCUGCAAUGUAUUUACUCUUCACGAGUUAGGGAAUAGAUUGUUCAAUUAUUAAACUAUGUAGAUGGUACAUAGACGUAAUUUAUUGGUGUCUGCACUGUUUGUGCUUUUCCAAUGUUAACUUAUUUUAUAGUUGAAUAAUUGAACAAAUAUUUUUAAUUGUUAAAUGGUUAACUACAAGACCUGUCCUUGUAUUAGCCAUUGUAUUAUUGUUGUUACACUCUGUGCAUAUAAACCUUGUCCUGUGUGAAUAUGGUUGAUAUGUAUACAAGACCUGUCCUUGUAUUAGCCAUUGUGUUAUUAUUGUUUCACUCUGUGCGUAUAAACCCUGUCCUGUGUCGAUAUGGUUGAUAUGUAUACAUUGAAAUAUUAUUUAUAUUCCUUGUAUUAAUGAGUUCAUUUAAGAAUCCUGCGCUAAUGCCGUAUGAACGCACUCGGGCACGCGAGCAAAUUCCAUGAAACUUGCUUGCAAUAUUUAGUCAUUUAAAUCCACCCUGCAUAAUGCCAUGUCCACUCUAUGUUUUCAUGGUUUAUGUGUAUGCUAUUUGUUAAGAAACCAAAUAAGGAGCUAUAUGUAUAUGUAUGUUCAUAUAUAUUAUAUAUGAUAUAUGGACAUGUAUAUAUGAUCCUUGUGUUGUUUAAUUGUUUAAGUACGUUCAUAUGUAUACAAUACAACUUGUAUGUUAUAAUUGUGGAAGUGAGAAUUAUCGUAUUUGUAAAGUAUGAAUGGAUAUAAAGGAAUGCCAUUAACUGUUGAUUUGUAUGGAUAGAGUUAUUUUACUAGAAGACAAAAAUAAAGAUUCUCGGAUAAUCAUGAGUGUGAUGGAAGGCAGUUCUUUUAUUUUAAUUUUUAAAUUUUGUUCCAUGGAAUAGAUAUUGAUAGUAAAAUUUUGUUAAAUAUGCAUAUUGGUGACACAGAAUGUUAAUAGAAGACUAUGUUUAAAAUGAAAAGAUUUGAUUAAAGGGAGAUAAAUCUUAAAGAUUGUUAGCUAUGACUGAGUGUGAUUUAAGGGACAUUAAUAGUUAAGUCUGUGAGAUAUAAAUGAGUGCGAUAAAAGGGACUAGCAACGAUUGAUAGUUAUGACUGAGUGUGAUUUAGAGGGGAUAAAAAGUUAGUUAGUUAUGAAUAAGUGUGAUGUAAGGGAGAUUAAAUAGUUUAGCUUGUAACUUAUGAAUGAUUGUGUUUAAGAGAGAAAAAUCUUAAAGGUUUUUGGCAUAAAUAAAUGUUAUGUAACUUAAGGGAGAUUAUUAGUUGAGUUUGUAAGCUUUGAAUAAGUGUGUUUUAAGAGGGAAUAAUCUAAAAUAAUUUAGCUAUGAAUGGGUGUGAUUUAUUUGAGAUUUAUAGUCAAAACUGUUAGUUUUGAAUGCGUGUGUUUUAAGAGACAUUAACAUUCAAGAUUUAUAGCUAUGAAUGAGUUUGAUUAAAGGGAGAUUAAUAGUAAAGACUGUUAGCUAUGUAUGACUGAAAUAUAAGGAAGAAUAAUCUUUAAGAUUGUUAGCUACGAAUAAGUGUGAUUUAAGUAAGAUUUAUCUUAAAUAAUAUUUGAAUUUGAUGACAUGGACAUUAUUCUUUAAGUUUUUUUAAUAAACAAGUGUGGUUGAUUGACAAAAAAAUCAGGUGAGCGAUUAAGGACCAUCGUCGUUCUCUUGUUCUUUAAACUGACGUGCUGUUUUUUUUAAACAAAAGAUCAUUAUAUUAUCAAGGCGUCCAACCUUUUCAAUGAUAUUAUUUUAGGUACGUAUAAGAAGAGCGAACUAUGUUGUAAGAUAUGGAAAGUGUUUAAAUGAUGUCUGUGUAAUUAUAAGGUUGUCGGAGAUCGGCUCGUUCUAAUUCUAGUAGACCAUACAUGUUUACUAAAAAAAGGUUUCAGCUGUAUGUAGACACUAAACGUUGAUCGGGUUUUGGGGGAAUUUGGUCUAUUACGAUUGAGGCUGCCGAUUAUCGAUAACUUUGUCUCGAAAUCAAAUUUUUCUAUGUGGGUUUAUCCUCGGAGUCCAUCAAUAGAAAAUGCUUAAAACAAGAUAUAACAAUUAUUUUGCAUUCUUAAAAAGCUGCAUUUUAUCAUUGAAACAAUACUUCAACAUAUAAACAGCAUACUAAUUUGCUUUAUUGUUCAUCCAUUGUUUAGUGCACUUAUCUUAAACGUUUUAUGAACUUUUGACUUCAAUUAAUCUCAGUUAAACGAAAAAUGAUCGAAAUGGCUUGUCCGAUUAUUCAAAUGAUUAAUUAUGACCGAUUUUAAAUCUCCCGCAUAACUAUGUGUUUUAAUGGAAACCCUUCCAUUUAAGGUGUCUGACAAGUAGGUAGGAAAUACUUGCUUGAUGUGUAGCCUCUGACUUCUCAGCAAUGUUUAAUUAAAUAUCAUCCUAUUAGGUUGUUAUGCAUGCAUAGGCGUUUUAUUCUCACAAUAUACGUAGGUGACAGUUUUGUCGAUAAAAAUAUCAAUCAAGCGUAAUAAUUAUAUUUAUGUUUUUUUGUUGCUACUGCUUCAUAUCAUGUAGUGCUGCCUGGGCACAUUUGUUCCUAUUCCAGCACGCAUAUAUUUACCACAUACUCCGCCCUUCUUAUACGUACCAGAGCCGCCAUCUCAUUAGAAAGUUUUGGAUUACGUUAAUGAUAAAAAACCAUUAUAUGUAUACAUGUUAAAACCAAAUGAUAUCAGAAUGAAAUAAAAAGAAUGAAUGUUUA